AGCUUCCCAUCUAGAACUAGAAGGGUAUAUUUUAUUCUCGGAUCUCUCCCCGAAUUGGCCUUUAAAACUGAAUCCAAAUCGAAGAAGGAGCUUCACAAACAAGAAUCUAUCCAACCUUAAAAAAUCUCGAGCUGCAACAAUGGCUGCCGAAGCAACAAAAAAGUUUGCUGUGGUGACUGGGGCAAACAAGGGAUUAGGGUUUGAGAUUUGCAAGCAAUUGGCCUCUCAGUCUCAGGGGAACAUUACAGUGGUGUUGACUGCUAGGGAUUCCCAAAGGGGCCUCGAAGCUGUGGAGAAAUUGAAAGAAUUUGGGCAUGGCGACCAUGUAAUUUUCCACCAGUUGGAUGUCACAGAUUCAGCCAGUGUCGCUGCCUUGACUGAUUUCAUCAAAUCCAAAUUCGGGAAGCUCGAUAUCUUGGUGAACAAUGCGGGCGUCGCGGGAGCCAAUGUCGAUGCUGAGGGUAUAAGAGCUGCAGCUAAGGCCGAGGACAAAUCGAAAGUUAACUGGGAUGCCAUUGUAGUCGAGACGUAUGCGACAGCCGAAGCGGCUUUCCAAAUAAACUAUUACGGCGUCAAGAAGAUGACCGAGGCUCUGCUUCCCCUGCUCAAGCUUUCUGCCUCGCCACGGAUAGUUAACAUGUCCUCCAUCAUGGGCCAACUUAAGAAUGUGUGUCAUGAAUGGGCGAAAGGGAUCCUCAGCAACAUGGAGAAUCUGACAGAAGAGAAGCUGGAGGAGGUUGUGAAUGCGUACCUUAAAGCCGUUAAAGACGGGGCCGUCAAAGAGAGAGGCUGGCCGUCGAAUUCAGGUUCGUAUAUUGUCUCUAAGGCUGUUGUGACUACAUACACGAGGCUUUUGGCAAAGAAGAACCCCGAGUGUAAGAUCAAUGCGAUUUGCCCCGGAUACACAAAGACGGACAUGAACCACCACAGCGGGUUCCUGACAGUGGAAGAAGGAGCCGAGAGCCCCGUGAGGCUGGCACUGCUGCCGGAGGACGACGGCUCGACCGGAUUGUUUUUUAACAGGAAGGAAGUGGUUGAGUUUUGAAAUGGUUGCGUUAUUGCAAGCUAAGCUGCAUUUCUCUCUUGUUGUCUUUCACUUAGAUUUUGGGUUUUUUUUGUUUUUGUAGGAUGUUGGGUAAUAAUACUAAUGAUCAUAUGAUAUGCUUGCUGUUAUAUGGUGGUGGGAAAAUUGCUGAAAUGUAAUGAUGAUAGCAACAUACAUACGAUCGAUUUGGUGGUCACGUAAAUCUGCUUCCAAAUGUUGCUUUCUCAGCGUUUUUUUUUC